AAAAAAUGGUUGAAGCAGAUAGCCCAGGAAAGCUCUUCAUUCGUGGGCUUAAUACGGAAACAAAUGAGAAAGCUCUUGAAGCAGUAUUUGGCAAAUAUGGACGAAUAGUGGAAGUAUACUUGAUGAAAGACUGUGAAACCAACAAAUCAAGAGGAUUUGCUUUUAUCACCUUUGAAAUCCCAGCAGACGCUAAGGAUGCAGCCAGAGACAUGAAUGGAAAGUCAUUAGAUGGAAAAGCCAUCAAGGUGGAACAAGCCACCAAACCAUCAUUUGAAAGUGGUAGACGUGGACCGCCUCCACCUCCAAGAAGUAGAGGCCCUCCAAGAGUUCUUAGAGGUGGAAGAGGAGGAAGUGGAGGAACCAGGGGACCUCCCUCACGGGGAGGACAGAUGGAUGACUGGUGGAUAUUCCAUAAAUUUUAACAUGAGUUCUUCCAGGGGACCACUCCCAGUAAAAAGAGGACCACCACCAAGAAGUGGGGGUCUUCCUCCUAAGAGAUCUGCACCUUCAGGACCAGUUCGCAGUAGCAGUGGAAUGGGAGGAAGAGCUCCUGUAUCACGUGGAAGAGAUAGUUACUGAGGUCCACCUCGAAGGGAACCGCUGCCCUCUUG